AGAGAGAGAAGCUGCAAUUCCAAACUGAGGACGCAUACGGGGGAAUAUUCAGAAAGAAAAGAAGACAUAAGCAGCGCAACAAAGGCAACCUUUGUUUUUCCUCUGGGAUUCGACUAACUCAAACGGUUUUAUUGUAGGUUGAAGCUCCGACGUGAAGCUGUUUACAGUUCAACUUCUGUGUUUUGGAGAGAGGCGAUACAUUUCUGCUUCAUUCGUGGCCUGUAAACGGAAUGAAUGACCAAGACAAAGGUUGACACCGGUUCCCCGACGCAUUUUGUCUCGAGGCAAAAGCAGAAAAUGGAGAGCUGCACCAGCGCACGAGCGCAGCCCGAGCAGCAGCCGCCCGAACAACCGUUACAAGUCAACGACAAAAAGAAAACACAAAGGGCACCGUCUCCUGCGAGACCCAGAGAUGUGCACGGCUGGUCCCUCACUAAAAUCCGCGGAGGUAUCGGCACACCGACGCUGAGCGUUAAACCGGGAGCCAUAUAUUUAGGCGGUCGCGUGUCCAGGCGCAGCCCGGUCGCCGGGAAAGAAACGAAAGCGGAGAAGAGUAGUAAACCGACCGGCAAACCCGGGCCAUCGGUGGCCGGUGCGCCGAAGAGUAGCGCGAAUCCUAAUAGAAGCAGUCGGAGGAAAGUUUCGGACGCCAGCAUCGGAUCGGAUGAUUUGAGCAAAGACUCCGGCUGCGCUCCGGGGAAACUCUCACCCACAGACAGCAGCUCGGAGCUCUCGGAUUGCCCCUCGGAGGAGAACAAAGUCUCCAACGACGCGCUGAGCAGUGACACCGAGACCAGCAGCCGUGGCGGGAUUGAGGGGGACAAAGCGGGAGCAGAGCAUGGACUACCGGACAAGCGCCCUCGAGUCAAGUCCAGCGUGGAGAAGGACCGGAUCUCGCUGGGAAUGGAGACCGGGGAGGGACGCAUCUCUCCCGGCGACGAGCACUCACUCACCUCGUUCGAUAGCAGGAUGCCUGCCAGCACGUCCUUGGCGUUUUCAGACCUGACUGAGGAGUUAAUGGACGGGAUGCAUGAGGAAUUAGUCAGGGAAAUCGACGAACUAAGAUCGGAGAAUGAUUAUUUAAAGGACGAAAUGGAGGAGCUCCGGUCUGAGAUGUUGGAGAUGAGGGACAUGUACAUGGAGGAGGAUGUUUAUCAGCUUCAGGAGCUCAGACAGCAGCUGGAUCAGGCGAACAAGAACUGCCGCAUCCUGCAGUACCGCCUCAAGAAGGCUGAGAGACGCAGCAUCCGAGUGGCCCAGACUGGACAGGUGGAUGGGGAGCUUAUUCGCACACUGGAGCAAGAUGUCAAGGUGGCAAAGGAUGUGUCCAUCCGUGUCCACAACGAGCUUGAUGCUGUGGAGAAGAAGAGAUCUCGUCUGGAGCAGGAGAAUGAGGAGCUGAGGGUGAAGCUACAGGAUCUGGAGGUGGCCAAACAGGUCUUGCAGGCAGAGAUGGAGAAGACCAGAGAGAAUGCUUUGAAGAAGAGGGCUGCCAGGCCAAACAACAAACCAGAUAAAAAAGCAUCACCUCAGCCUCCAGAGGACAAUUCCGACCUCAAAUGCCAGCUCUAUUUCGCCAAGGAGGAGUCAGCCCUCAUGUGCAAGAAGCUCACCAAAAUGGUUAAAGACAACGAGGCUAUGAGGGAGGAACUGGCAAAGUAUCGCUCUCUUUACGGUGAGGUUGAUGCCUCAUUGACCAUUGAAGAGGUUGCUGACUCACCUCACACUCGUGAGGCAGAAGUCAAAGUUCACCUAAAACUUGUAGAAGAAGAGGCAAACCUUCUGAGCCGAAGAAUUGUAGAGCUAGAGGUGGAGAAUCGUGGGCUUCGUGCCGAAAUGGACGAUAUGAAGAUCCAGGAAUCCCCGGGUGGGGUUGGCAUCUCAGGAGGAGUCGGAGGUCAUCUAAUGCUUUCCACAUCAACUGAGAAUGUGAUGGAGCUACAGCGUCAUCUACAGUUUGUGGAAGAAGAGGCAGAUCUGUUGCGGCGAUCACUGAUUGAAAUGGAAGAGCAGAACAAGCUCUUGAUGAACGAGCUCAAUCACUACAAAUCCGUGCUUCCCAAUUUCACUGAGAUUGAGUCAGCUGCAACCAUAACUUUACCCACAAUAAUUUAUGGUGUUUCUGAAGAUGGAGGAUCUGGUCCAAAUGAAGCUGCAAAUAAAGAAAUACUGGCUGCCAGGCUGCAGAUUGCAGAGCUGAAUGGUAAAGUUAAGAAGAUCCAGUAUGAGAACCGAGUGCUUCUCUCUAACCUCCAACGGUGUGACUUGGCCUCCAACCAGGGCUCUGCACGUCCAGCACUGGAGACCGAUGCUGAAGCAGGGGACUCGGCUGAGUGCGUCCCCAUCCAAACGCAUCACGAGUGGCCAGUUGGGCAUGAUCGAAUUGAUAUUCUGGAGGAGAAGGAUCAGAACGUUUCAGGAAUAAGUCAUAUUCAUACUUCUCAGUGCCUCAGCUUUAAGGACCUUCUCAUUAUACGCGACCAGGCUCAACUUGUUACCUCAGCCAUUCAGCUUUUUACUUCGCCCGACUCCACCUGCCUCUCAACAGACGCCAUCUAUCGUAAGACCUCUGCUAUUGAGUCUGGAGAACCAGUUUUUGUGGAGAAGAGCCAGAUACAGGGCUCAACGCUGCCCUUGGUGGAGGCCCUUCAUGGUAGACUGCAGUCCCUUCAGGCUCAGCUACAGGCCCUCAGUGAGAGGGUAGAUGCCCUGGGUCAAUCCCCCGAAAGGGAGCGUGUGGAAGGGAUGUCCCCGCUGCCUCUGUUUUCUGAGUUGGGAGACCCUGCAGCAAGUUUCUCAUGCCCUGCAGAUGCUCAGGUUGACCAGAUCACAGCCCAACAGAAGCCUGACUCUAGAGACCAGCCAGACUGUGAGAAAAAAGUUCACCCAUGCAGUGAAGAGGAGGAGAGCAGCAGCCACAAAGACAGCAAUAAAGAUGAAGAGUCUGACUUGAAGGAAACAAACACUGAUCUGCUGUCAGAGCAGGUUGGUGAGCUGAAAGCUCUGUUGUUUGAAGCAAGGGAAAAGACUCAAGGAGUACAAGAAGCGCUGAAACAGGAGAGACAGGCACGCCACACUGACACACAUAAACUCUCUCAGCUUCAUGAAGAGCAUCAGAAGGCCCUCCUCCGUCGAGACUUCCAGCUGCAGAGUGUGAGUCUACAGACACGUCUACAGCAGAAGUUGUGGAGCCAGGAGAGGAACCUACUAGUGCAGGAGUCACAGCAGCUCAAAGACAGUCUACUGCUCAUCAGCCUCAAACUGCGCUGGCUCCUAAAACAGUGGAGACUUGGCAAGAAACUAGAAGUAGAGGGCAAAGAUAUCCUGGAGGUAAACAGUGUCAAGGAUCUCUGUCUCCUGCUUGAGGAAGAUGGACUUUCUUCUCACUAUGGAGACAACAAGAUGUCAGCUGCUGAGGAGCAAACACACAACCCUUUACCCAAAGAGCACACAAUUGCAGAGAAAGCCUGCCCACAGCAGCCUAACGGGUUUGGAGGUACUCUGUCGGACCUGAAGAUGGCAUUACAGGAUCUUAGCGCCGAGCUGCGUGAGGAGUGUCAGAGUUCACAGGAGCUAACGCAGCAGUUCGCCCGUGCAAAAGCAUCAUGGGAAGUUGAGCGGAUGGAACUCAAGAGCAUCAUCACUCAGCUGGAGGGGAAGGUGGGGAAGGCAUCUGUGACUGGGGUUGAAAAGGAUUCUCCAGAUCUCAAGGGAGCGUUGAAAAAGGAGCGAGAGGAGCAUCAACACCUGCUGGCGGACUCAUAUGCUGCCGUGAUGGACCUCACCAAACAGCUGCAGAUAAGUGAGAGAAACUGGAGUCGAGAAAGACUAGAGCUUCUGGAGCACUUCAACCAGGAAAGAAGUCAAUGGGAACAGCAUUUAAGAGAUGCCCAGAGCAAAAGCACACUGGCUCUUCAGGACAAAACCUCAGACAAGGAAACAUCAGCGGAUAUAGCCACCAAUAGUUCUGCCCUACAAAGGACCAAAUCAGUUUCCGCCCUCUCAGAAUUUAAGAGUUUACUGGACACCAGUCUCUUCCUUCCUGGUCAUAAUGUUAAUGGAGUACCAGAUGGGAAUGUUGGGCAGCCCCAAUCCACCACCCAUACGUCCCCGCUGGCUCGCACUGACCUGAGUGACCUUAACAAGAAGAAUUGGAAGUACCUGACCAGCGAUUCUGCCGUAUUGGGGAAGGGUGACCAAUUUAAGACAUGGGACUGCCCGAGCACCAACUCCAACAGCAGCUUUCCAGGACUGGAGCUCAGCAAGGAGUACAUCCAAAGGAGCUAUACUGCUCCAGAUAAGACAGGGAUUCGCAUCUAUUAUAGUCCUCCUACAGUGAGGAGAAUGGAGAGGAGGCCAGUCAAUGAAAAAGCCCAGCAGGAGCCCAGGCAAGGAAUUUCAUCUAGAGACAUAGCCAUGAUGGAUCUAUCAGGUCAGAUCUCUGCAUCUGCACCCUUAUCAACCACUUCCUCAUCGUCUUAUGAGCAAUGGUUGAGUUCACUUUCACAGCAGCAUAGAGACCUGCUUGAGGGACGAACGGGAGGUUCUGCUCCAUUCCAUGGACUGGAGAUUUCAGGCAACCUUAGUGAUGACAUGAAAGAGAUGACAAACUGCGUACGACAGGCCAUUCGCUCCAGUUCCCUGGAGAGAAAGUGCAGCAAAGAUACUGGGAGCCAGACUGUGGGUGUUUCUAGCUUAGGAACGCAAACAGCAGAGCUGGUCAGCAUUGGCCUACAAACGGAUAGCCCUGUUCCAUCGAUUAGAGGCCUUCAAGGGAAAGCAUGGUCUCCUCGUCCAUCCACCUCACUUGCAUCAGCACGUUCCAGACAAAUCUCUUCAUCACUGGAGAAAGUCCACAGUCGCAUUGAUAGACCCUGUUGCUCACCCAAAUAUGGCUCACCAAAGCUAACCCGCAGGGUCUCCACCUCCUCCUCCAAACUUGAGACAUCCUCCACAUCAUCAAGGGAACGCAGUGUCUGGAAUCUCCAAAACCGCAGUGGAUCACAAAAUGGUUCUGCAUGGGCACGUUCCACCACCACCCGUGACAGUCCAGUGCUUAGCGGCCUCAAUGAUGGCUUGUCCAGUCUCUUCAGUGUGGUAGAACACUCCGGAAGUGUUGAAUCCUUAUGGAAAGCAGAUUCGUGUCCAGGAAGACAAGCCGCUGGGAAACCUUCCUGUCCUAGCAUAGGUAUUGGCCUGGGAGAAGCUGGAGCUCAGAAAUAUGGCAUGGUCCAGGAGUUUUUCCGCAAUGUUUGUGGUAGGACAGCACCAGUGGGCACCAUGGAUGAACCAAAACCUGAAUGCCUCCCUGGAUCCUUGAUUGGGACGGACAACAUCACUAAAAUUGUCAAUAAGCGGUUCAUGAAAACUCAAAGAGACGAGUUGGUAGCCACUGGAAAGGACACAACAAGCUCAAGUUCAAAUAUUCUGGAGGAUUCUGUUUGUGACUGCACCACUCAAACCCUCACUACCUGUUUUGCCCACCAAUCCCGCUCUACCACACGACAUGCACAUGGUCAGUGUGGCCACCGUGUGCAAGAGUCAUCAAUCACGACUGAAGAACGAUUCGAAACCAGUAACUAGUGAUAGGGAUGGGGUGGCCUCUGUUGACGCUUUCCAACAAGUAUACAGCAAAAAAAAAAACUUAAUACUCACAAAACACUCUGCCUCACCCACUGAUACACAAACACACUUCCACAUUCGCCAAAACACAGAUACACACCCUAAACCAAACACACACAUAUUACUUCACACUUUUCAAAAUCCACAAAAUUUCAGGAUUACAAUAACAGGACACUGAAGAAUUUCUGCAUCUAGAGAGUUUCAGAACCAGACCUCAGUCUAACCAGCACACCUUAAUGCCAAGGAAGGGGAGAUAGUGUUGAUCUUCCCUUUAGGUCCACCAUUCCACUGUUGACCAGCCCGAUUCCCCUAGUUAAUCCAUCAUUCCAGAGUAAACCAGCCAGUCCUGCCUUUGAAGUCCACUAUCCCAUUCCACAGUUGACCAGCCAGACCUCUCCUUAAACUCUGCCAUUCCACUGUUCUACAUCCAGCCAACAGGACAGCUUGCCUCUACCAUUCGUGUCAACUUGAGACAACUUGACUAACCCAACAUGUCACCAGGGAUCAUGUAGAUAUAACGGGAAUUACAGCAUGCAGCUGAACUACACAAACCAAGAACCUCAACAUGGCCAGCAGAAAAAGGGGAAAGGCUCCUUUCAUAACUGCUCAACUACCCAAAUUCUUGCCCAUUGAUAGCUGUAAAAUUGAUGGAUUCUACAAGUUUAUAUACAGCUCAGCAUUUCAAACAUCUAAAAUGUAUUUCUUUUCCUUUUGAUCAUCAAAAACAAAGUUUCUUCUUUGCAAAUGUUAUCUAAACCCAAUAUGAUCUAAAUUUGGUCUUAAUCCUACUAUCCAUGUUCACUCCUCUGACAAUCAUCAACCAUUGAAACCUGUUUCAAUUUUUGUACAAAUUACCUGGGACCUCCUUCCAUUUUCAAACCAGCCAAAUAUGAAACUCUGAAUCCACUCCUAGACCAGAUAAUAUGAUUGAUCAUAUUGCAUUGGGAAUCCUUCCUUUUUAAAGACUUGGUAUUCUUAUCAUGCUCUCUGAAGAUGUCUACGGAGAGUAUUUGGUAGCUGUAGAGUAGGAAGAUCAGUUGUUAUGUUUGCUUUGGUUCUUUGUACUACAAGUGUGUGAACAUAAGAGCACUAAUACUGAAAUCUCCAUUCCCUUGUUAGGAUGUCCACAAAAAUAAAAAAAUUUAUGAGACAAAGACUUAAGUCAGUCUUAGAGAAAAAGCUGUUUUCGUGGAGUGCCGCCAUGUUGAGAUCAUUAUGCGGUCUAUCUAAUGUACAUAAUCCUUUUUCCUUCCUUCUAGACCCCAUUUGAAAGCCUCAUACUUAGUGACAAAAUACUAAUUACACAGAUAUCAGAUACAUAAACAGAUAUGUUUAAGACUGAAACAUUUUAUGGUAAUUGGCCAUUUUGAGAUUAGUAAAAUUUAAUCAGAUAAUCCAAAAAUAUAAUCCACAGUCUGGUCGUUUAUUCAUAUAGCUAUGCAGUUACUGCUAGUGUGUGCCUCACUGUAGCUGCCCCUUAAUCUGAGUCUCUCUGAGUAUGUUUGUAAUGUGUUUUCUCCAAUCUCCAGUGAGUGGUGCUGCAAAAACUAAAGUUUAGUCAAUUUUAAGUGCUUUUUUUGGCUUUGAUGACAGCACAUUAGAGGAAACAUUCUUGUAUGCAUCUCUCAAGCCAUACAUGAUGACUUCUCUUUUUUUAUAAAUAGGGCAUAAGUGGAUAUUUAGAAUAUUAUCACUUUCUCAAUUGUUUAACAUCUGGCCUUGUCAAAAAAAAAAAAAAAAAAAGGUCAGCCAUUAUAAACCCAGCCUGUAAUAUCCCAGUGUCUCCUCUUUAUCUGUCAAAGCCUUGCCAUAUAUCCCACAGCUACCUCUUAACUCAAAACGUUAUCUUACAUUUAGCCCAUUUAUGUUUCAUUUCAAAGGUCACUAGAGUGCCUUUUGUAAAAUUAAAGCAACAAGAUAUCUGUUAGGAGUAAGUCUUUGAGGAACUGCUUAUUGACAGCAAUGAAAUAACUGAUGUGCUAUUAGCUACUGAAUCCGAUUUCUUUAGUAAUACAUAAUAUAAGGCAAACUCUGUUUUUGCUAAAUGUAGUGAAGUGAAAAUCCAUUUUUGUUUUUUGUUUUUGAUUAUGGAUGCCAAAAAUACAUUUUUGAGCAUGAACUUUUAAUAUUGAACAGUCAUGAAUUAUAAGUUUGAUCUGACAUUAAUGUGAUCAGUCCUACCUUUCUUUAUAAGCUAUUUUUAACCUGUUUAAAUGUUCCAUGAAUUGAUCUUGAAUCUGAUGUUGAGGUUUUGUUUAUGAUACUAAUCAGACAAAAGAUGGACCUUCCCUUAAAGUGUCAUCAUAUUCAUGUGUCUGAGCUUGGUCAGAUGCUCUCUAAAUAACUCAAACAGGAGGAAUGACCAUAGUUUAUGAGUCCAACACUGAGUGCUUCCAACCACAGUCUUAAUUUAAAACCAACUGAGAGGUUGAUAAAGGAAAAUUGUUAUUUUCCCCAAAUUUACAAGAAGAAUGUAUAUAGUGACAAUUCUAUACACUUUAAGAGCAAUUCUUAAACCAUUAACAGCUCUCUGAUUGGCCUUCCCAUUCAUCAUAUUGAUAUUCAUCACCUUUUUACCCUGUUCUAAUGCCUAGCAAUAUAUAAAACACCUUGUCGCUUAUCGUUGUUAAUACUGUUUGCUAAAUUAUUAUAAAGAGAAUGCGUGUAUAUUUCUUUUUUUGUCUCACAUUUGAAACAUUUCAUUUUAUGAAAAGAUGACAACGACAGAUAGAAAAUGAGAAAACAGAAACCUUCCUAAAUGUUUUAACUUGAUAUCAAAUAUACUGUAUAUAAACACUUUCUACUCUUUCUAUCAUCGUAUUAGAAACAUUGAAUGUCUCUGCCAACUUUGAGCUUGAAUUCUGUACCUUUCCUCCCCUGAAUUAAAACUUGGGAAAAUUUUGUGUAAAUAGAAACAUUUUAAAGAUAAAAUAAAA